AUGAACAACUUCAUUGGUGUUCGCCUUAUCCUGCUGGUUGGGGUGUUGGCAAUCCAAGCAGCCAUCGUUGUUGCCGGAUUCAACUACAGUGAAGCUCUCGACAAGACCUUCAAGUUCUUCGAGGCACAGAGGUCAGGUAAACUGCCGUUCGACCAGCGUACCAAGUGGCGAGGUGACUCUGGCCUCAAGGACGGUUCUCUUCAAGGAGUGGAUUUGGUGGGAGGAUACUAUGAUGCAGGGGAUCAUGUGAAGUUCGGGUUGCCGAUGCCGUUUACUGUUACGAUGCUCGCAUGGGGAACUAUUGAAUACAUGAAGGAAAUCACUGAUCUAAACCAAAUGGGACAUACUUUGUGGGCGAUCCGAUGGGGCACGGAUUACUUCAUCAAGGCUCACACUCAACCUAAUGUCCUCUGGGGGCAGGUUGGGGAUGGGGACUCCGAUCACUACUGUUGGGAGCGUGCAGAGGACAUGACGACCCCGAGAACGGCUUACAAGCUCAACCAGAAUCAUCCUGGCUCGGACCUUGCUGGUGAAACUGCUGCUGCUUUGGCUGCUGCUUCUAUAGCUUUCAAGCCUUACAACUCUUCUUACUCGGAUCUCCUCCUAGUCCAUGCCAAGCAGCUUUUCUCAUUUGCUGACAGAUUUAGAGGCCUAUACGAUGAUUCCAUCCAGUGUGCUAAGCAGUUUUAUAAAUCGUCCGGUUAUUCGGAUGAGCUGUUGUGGGCUGCGACUUGGCUAUUCCGAGCAACCGGCGAGAAACAAUAUCUGAAAUAUGUCGUGGACAAUGCUGUCUAUAUGGGAGGAACGGGAUGGGCAGUCAAAGAGUUCUCUUGGGACAACAAGUAUGCUGGUGUGCAAAUCCUUCUUUCAAAGGUGCUUAUGGAGCAAAAAGGAGGUGCAUACACUUCAACACUAAAGCAAUAUCAGGCCAAAGCAGAUUACUUUGCCUGUGCUUGCCUGCAAAAGAAUGAUGGCUACAAUUCCCUCCUCACCCCUGGAGGCUUAAUGUAUGUUCGUGAAUGGAACAAUCUGCAAUAUGCAUCAACAGCAGCAUUUCUUCUUGCUGUGUACUCUGAUUAUCUCUCUGCAGCAAAUGCGAAACUCAAUUGUCCUGAUGGCCAAAUUCAACCUCAAGAAGUUCUAAACUUUGCUAAGUCUCAGGCCGACUACAUUCUGGGCAAAAACCCCGUGUCAAUGAGCUACUUGGUAGGUUACGGACCGAAAUAUCCGAUCCACGUUCACCACCGUGGCGCUUCGAUUGCCUCGAUCUCAGCUCUUUCUUCUUUAGUGAGCUGUGUUGGUGGAUUUGAGGACUGGUACCGCCGCCCCGGAGUGGAUCCAAAUGUCGUUUAUGGAGCACUGGUGGGUGGACCAGAUCAGAACGACGACUUCAACGAUGAUCGUUCGAAUUAUGAGCAAACUGAGCCUACACUUUCCGGGACUGCACCGCUUGUCGGCCUUUUCUCUAAGCUUGAAAGCCUAUACGGAAAUAUAGGCCAACAUAAACGACCAACAACAGCCCAAGCAUCCACAGGCUACCAUCACCCAGAAACACAUAUUCCUAGCACAAAAUCUCCAGCAGGCACACCGGUUAAGUUCCUACACUCGAUUACCAGCACAUGGAACGUUGGGAAAACAACUUACUACCGCCACAAGGUGGUAAUUAAGAACAUAUCUGGAAAGCCGAUAACAGAUUUGAAGGUGGCGGUGGAAGAUCUGAGGGGGCCUUUAUGGGGUCUUUCUCCAACUCCAGUCAAGAACACAUAUGAGCUUCCACAAUGGUUUGCAGUGUUGAAGCCUGAUGCAGACUGCAAUUUUGUUUACAUUCAAGAAGGUCCACAAGCCGAGGUUUCAGUUCUCAACUACCAUUAUUACAGAAACGUACUUCAUACCAGUCCCAGAAAACUCAUUGUACAUUGUUAA